UUUUCUUUUUUUUUUUUCAAAUCGGAGCGUCUCCACGCACCGCGAGCUUCGAGCUCUCUCUCGAUCGCUCUCCCUUUCCUUUUUUUGUUUUUUUCAAAUCGAAGCUUCUAGAUCUCCACCACGAGCUCGAGCCGCUUCAAGAGAUUGGGAUUUUUGGAGAUUUCGCACUCAAUCGCCUUCUCCGGGCGAUUUCUCACUUGGAUCUACACACGAUUCCACGAUCGGGAGAGGCUUGGUCGCUGCCGAUGGCUAUAUUUAGCAAGUUUAAAGAACAGUGGAAAUGAUUCGAAUUACACAACUCAAUCUUAAGAGAAGCUUCUUAAGACAUGAUAACCAAAUUCAAGAAUCACCCAUGGCUAUAUUUCUCCACCACUUCCUGCCACCCUCUCCCUCCAUCACUUUUCCCUCAUUUCCAAAUCCAACAGCAAGUCAAUGACCUUCUCAGCAGCCUCUGUAAGCAGAAGCGUUUUCAUGAAGCUCUUCGAGCAUUCAACUCCCUUCAAACCCAAGGAUCCACCUUCCGUCUCCUCCCCAGCACCUACGCCCAUCUCUUCCUUGCCUGCUCCCAGCUCAAAUCCAUUCACCAUGGCCGCCUUGUUCACCGCCACCUCUCUGCCUCUAGUAUGCGUCCUGAUAUUGUCCUGAGCAACCACAUCCUCAACAUGUAUGGCAAAUGCGGCUUCAUGGAAGAAGCCCGCAAACUGUUCGAAGAAAUGCCUGAGAUAAAUAUUGUGUCUUGGACAUCCAUGAUUUCUGGGUUCUCCCAAAACUGUAGGGAGAACGAGGCUGUGGACUUGUAUAUUCGAAUGCUAAGAUCGGGAUUAGCUCCCGACCAAUUUGCAUUGGGGAGUGUGGUGAGAACCUGCGCGGGCCUAUUGAAUUUUCUGCUGGGGAGGCAGCUCCAUGGCCAUGCAGUGAAAUCAGGUUACGGGUCUGACCGUAUUGUUCAAAAUGCACUAGUGACAAUGUACUCCAGGGCUGAUAGCAUUGAUGAUGCUUCUCUUAUAUUCCAAAGGAUUUCAGAUAAGGAUUUAAUCUCUUGGGGCUCGAUGAUAGCGGGUUUUGCUCAGCAGGGUUGUGAAUUGAAUUCUUUGUACCUCUUUAAGGAAAUGAUCAAUAGCGGCGGUUGCUCUCCAAAUGAGUUCCAUUUUGGUAGCGCAUUCAGUGCUUGUGGCAAUAUAAACCAAUUGGAGUUUGGUCAGCAGUUGCAUGGUCUCUGUUUUAAGCUUAGGCUUGAUACUGAGGCAUUUGCUGGAUGUUCCUUGAGUGACAUGUAUGCGAGAUGUAGAAAUUUGUAUUCUGCAAAGAAAGCAUUUUAUCAGAUUGAUAUGCCAGAUUUAGUCUCGUGGAAUUCCAUAAUAGGUGCUUAUUCUAAUGCAGGUCUUGUUGACGAAGCAAUUGUAUUGUUUUUGGAGAUGAGAUGGCUAGGCUUGAAGCCUGAUGAUAUUACUGUUCGGUGCUUGCUGUGUGCAUGUUCAGACUACUCUUCUUUGUAUCAGGGUCAGUUGGUCCACUCUUACCUUCUAAAGGUGGGCUUGGAUGCAGAUGUUUCCGUCUGCAACGCUCUACUUUCCAUGUAUACGAGGUGUUCUGAUAUUUUUACUGCACUGAAUCUCUUCGAAGAAAUAAAAGCUCAUGAUCUUAUUUCUUGGAAUAGUAUUCUAACAGCAUGUGUACAGCACCGACAAUUAGAAGAGGCUUUUCAGUUGUUCAAAUGUAUGCGCAGCUCCAUGAAGGAUUUGGACCACAUCACCUUAAAUACAAUAUUGAGUGCUUGUGCUGACUUAGCCUCCUUCGACAUAGGGAAACAUAUUCAUGCAUAUUCAUUUAAAGUUGGAUUAGAGACAGACAUAAUGGUGAGGAACGGUUUAAUCGAUGCUUAUGCAAAAUGCGGAAGCUUAGAUGAUGCCAGAAAACUGUUUGAAAUGAUGGGCAAUAACCGUGAUGUAUUUUCGUGGAGCAGUUUGAUUGUUGGAUAUGCUCAAUUUGGCUAUGUAAAGGAAUCUCUUGAGUUGUUUGCACUUAUGCGAAGCUUGGGCAUUAACCCUAAUCAUGUAACCUUAGUUGGGGUUCUCACAGCUUGUAGCCGUGUUGGAUUUGUAAAUGAAGGCCUUUAUUACUACAAUAUUAUGGAACAUGAAUAUGGUAUUGUUCCUACAAAAGAGCAUUCUUCAUGUGUUAUUGAUUUGCUUGCCCGUGCUGGGAGGUUGGAUGAGGCUGCAAAAUUCAUUGAUCAAAUGCCAUUUGAACCUGAUAUUGUUAUGUGGAAAACUCUGUUAGCUGCAUGCAGGGUGCGUAAUAAUGUUGAGAUUGGAAAGAGAGCAGCAGAAGCCAUUUUAAAAAUAGACCCUUCCGAUUCAGCAGCUUAUGUCUUGUUGUGCAGUAUUUAUGCUUCCUCUGGCCAUUGGGAUGAAUUUGCGAUGCUAAAAAAACUGAUGAAAAGUAGCGGUGUGAGGAAGUUUCCUGGAAAAAGCUGGAUUAAGGUAAAUGGAGAGCUUAGGGUUUUUAUAGUAGAAGACAGAUCACAACCAGAAUCUGAGAAUGUAUAUACUAUGCUGGAAUUAUUAGGGAUAGGAAUGACUGAAGUUGGCUAUGUUCCGAAACUAUCAUAUUGCAAAGAAAGUAUCAAAUCUUCCUGUCAAUGAAUUAGUAAUGACUAGAUUUUAGCCGAAUAUGGUUAAGUUUGCUGCACGAACCAAGUCUUGUUGAAUGGCUGUUCUAAUACUAUGUUGAAGAUACUAACUAGAGAAAAUACUGGGUGCCUUUCAGUGUUUCUGGCCAUCUAUUGACAUCUUAUUGUGAAGUGGAGGUUUUCGACUGAAGUUGGUUCAAGAGAAUUAACAUAUUAUUUGCAUUCUUAGGAGAUAUUUACCUUGACCGGUACCUCCUGAAGUGCACAUGAUCCACUGGUGCAUUCGUGAGAAGAGACUAUAUCUGUUAUUACAAAUGAUGGGCAUAAUAUUGUGCCAACCAUGGUGGAACCAUCUCCAAACACCACAACAAGCAUAUACAUUCCUAAACCAUAGUGUAUCAUUGCCCACAAUCAAGCAUGUUUUAGAAAUCAACUAAUGAUUCACCACAUUUUCACUACAAACUUGCAUUGCAACUCAACUGCUGGGGUAGUGUUUCUGUAAUGGAGUCUUUAUUCCAUUGACUAAUAGUUUUAAUUUUUUUCUCAAAAUUGAACUUAUAUUCUGAGUUGGCAACUUUGAUGGAUUAUUAUUUUAUUUUUUUAUUUUCAUUAAUAUUGUUGGAGAAACUAAUGUAUGAUAUUAUUUUGAGCUGAUUUAUUACGUUGGAGUUUGAUUUUAA